ACAUGACAACAGCAUUUUAUCUGUUGAGCGGGGCUAAUCUAUGCGUAAAACGAAUUAACUACAGAAAACAGAAGAAAACUGAUUAUGAACUGAAGCACAAACAAUGGAUUGACAUUUGUUAAGUUGCUCCAGUGUUCCAUAGUUGUCGAACAAAAGGUGGCAAGUUCUGAAAAAGAGACUGUCAACAUCCAGCCUCAACCAUGGAUUGGAAGACCUUCCAAGCCCUGCUGAGUGGGGUGAAUAAGUACUCCACGGCAUUUGGUCGCAUCUGGCUCUCUGUGGUGUUUGUGUUCAGGGUGAUGGUGUACGUGGUGGCGGCGGAGCGUGUGUGGAGCGAUGAUCAGAAGGACUUUGACUGCAACACCAAGCAACCCGGCUGUGCCAACGUCUGCUACGACCACUACUUCCCCAUCUCCCACAUUCGCCUGUGGGCCCUGCAGCUCAUCUUCGUCACUUGCCCUUCCUUCAUGGUGAUGAUGCAUGUGGCGUAUCGCGAUGAACGCGAACGGAAGAAUGCCAAGCACGGCAACAAGGACAAACUGUACGAGAACACAGGGAAGAGGCACGGUGGCCUCUGGUGGACCUACCUGCUUAGUCUCUUCGUCAAGUCGGGCAUCGAGAUCUCCUUCCUCUACAUCCUCCACAAAAUCUACGACAGCUUCUACCUGCCCCGGCUGGUCAAGUGUGAGGUCAGCCCCUGCCCCAAUCAGGUGGACUGCUACAUCGGCCACCCCACAGAGAAGAAAGUUUUCACCUACUUCAUGGUGGGCGCCUCGGCCCUCUGCAUUGUGCUCAACGUCUGUGAGAUCAUAUACCUUGUCUCCAAGCGGAUCGCUCACAUAGCACAAAAUACGAGGAGAAAACAGAGCACCAUGGCCCUGAAUGAACGGUACAGCAAGGAGAAUUUCUGCAGCGACUGCACUCUGCCCAUGUCUCAGCUGGAGAAACAACCCUUAAGGUCCCAGUCCCCAGGCCACCUUCAAGCCCCUUUACCGGCUCACAUGCGUGCGUCUGCCCCUAACCUGUCCUCUGCAGUAUAGGAUGCCUGAACUAUCCCAAGAUUCAACCACAACAUGUAUGCCUAUGGAGCCAGGUCUCACCUUAUUGAUCAAGCCUGCUCAUGCUUGUCCUCCUUUAAGACUCUGUAUGAGAGACAGGUUUUUCUCUAAGACUCUACUGUCCUAUUACUGCCCUAUACUACCAUGGUGCAAGGCUUUGUACUGAUGUUCCAUGACCCUGGGGCUAGACAACCCUGAUCUUCAGCCACACCCCAUUUUAUACAACUCAACUCCCACUGCCAGACAAUAUAAAAAAAAAAAAAUCUAUUAUUGUCUACUGUUACAUCUUACAAAGCUUUUCCAGUUAGUCUCACUUUGUUUUCACAUUACUUUAAAGUUUCUUGCCAGGGGUAAAAGUGCCCGCAUACUAGAUUUGGUUUGUUCAUAGCAGAACUCGGCUAGGCGAAGCAAACGUCUGUGUUCGCAUACUCCCUAAAGACCUUCGCUUGAAAAACAAGAAAAAAACAGCAAUAUUACUGUUGUUUGUCCCUCGUGAGCCACCGUAGCAACAUCAUAGCCAGUAACACAUCCUCAAAAUAGUCAGAAUUAAUCUAAGAUAAAUCAAUAAAUCUGUAAUACAUUUUCUACCGAGGAUGUCUGUCGCGCAAUUUUAUAUCUAGCUAAGAUGUUUGGUGCAAGUGGAAAAGUGAAAAGAAUUUGCAUGAAAACUAGUAGUGUAUUAUCCUCAAAUAUAUAUAUAUAUUUUUUUACCUUGUUUUAUGAUCUCAAUAUGAGGACAACAGAAUGAUAACAAAUCUCUUUGGUUUGGACUUUAUAGUAUUACUGCAAGCUUAGUCUAAAAUGGACAGUGCCUUCCCACUACUUGACGCUCUAAUAAUUUAUUUUGUUUUAUUUACAGCAUUCAUUCUAAUAGAAGCUCCUCUAUCAUUAUUACGGAUAUUUUUUAUUUUUUACUUACUCUAUUGCAAGACUACAUUAGCAUGGUUCCACUCAGAUUUAUGUUGCAAAGCUACAACAGAUUGCCUGUCUUUUUACAUGCUUGUAAACCAACCUUCCUCAUCCAAGGUUUAUGUUGAUUCAAAUGAGGGACAAGGAACGCUGCUAUUUAAUUGAUCAAGUCCACUUAUGCAAGUAAACCCUGGCAUCUUGGAAAGCUGGAGCACAUGAAAGCAAAGAAGAACAGGGUUGACAAUAAAGUGGACAAAAUCUCAGCCUUAGUGUUCCUCAUGGAACAUUGGUGUGGAUACCUGAUAGCCUCACGUUGUCAGGAGCAGAACCCUCACAAUCAGCUUCAAACUUCCAUUUUGUACAUUAUUAUUUUGAUAAAUAAAAUGUUGACAUUUAAUUUACUACAGUCUCAUUCAUGUUACAGUAGUUAUUUGGCAUUCCUGUUGACCUGACUGACUAGAUAAGAACAUCUCUAGUCAGGACAUUAAAACAGACCCAUGUGACAUACAGGACCACAGACAGCAGUCCAGCGCAAAGGCAUCCUGUUAUAACCAUGUAAUACAGUAUGUCAUAUUGAUGUAGGCCUACACACGUACAGUCAGUGAAAGGAUGUUUCUAGCACUAAAUAUUGCUUUAGUGUUCAUUUUCAAUUAGAUGUCGGAAUUUCUCUGUUUAUGUUCAAGUCAUCAACUCAUUGGCCCAUAUCUGCCAGCUAAGGACAACAUCUACUUGACGUUUCCUGUUCUGCAUUCUCCCAAUCAAUGAUGACAAAGGACAAAAAUGGACCAACAAACAUU